AGGUUUGCCGAGUCACGAUGUAAACAAUGUGCUAAGUCCCCGUUUUCUGUGUCAGUGUACCAACAGCACCCGGAGGAGGAGGAGUCACGCUCCUCUCUCUCUCUCUCACUCGACGUUUCCUCCUGUUUCCUGCAAUAUUGAUGCCCUCUGGCUCAGAACAUCUUUACAAUAGAGAACCAUGAACGACGCCCACCACCACCACCACCACCACGGUCCUCACCCAGGGGGGGAGGAGGAGGACGUGCAGUGUAACCACGCUAAAGGCCUCAACAGCCACGCUAAAGGCCUCAACAACCACGCCGUCUCUGAAAUGAAGAAGGACCCUCUACUGCAACAGCUGGAGUGGAGUUUGGUCAACUGGGCUCAUCUCUAUGAGAAGUGGCCCUGGAGCGGGUCGAAGGGACAUCCGUCAGCUGAGCUGGUGGAGCACGUGAAGGAGCUCCUACCCUCGGAGCCUGGAAGAGUGCUGGUACCCCUGUGUGGCAGGUCGCCCGACCUCCGCUGGUUGUACGACAGAGGCAACACCGUGGUGGGCUUGGAGGGAGUGGAGAAGCCAGUCAAGCAGUUCUUCGACCUGUACCCCGAUCUCCAGCACGCCACCGAGGACCUUGCCUUCGGGAAGCUCUACAAGAGCAGUGACGGCCGCCUGCAGGUGUAUGUGUGCGAUGUGACCAAGGUGCCGCCAGGAGCCCUGGGCAAGUUUGACGCUGUCUUCGACUGGGGCGCCUACACCGCCAUCCGGCCGGGCGACAGGCUCAGGUACCUGGAGGUGGUGAAGGAGGCGAUGAAGGAGGACUGCAGGUACUUCCUGGAGGUGUGCCAUGAUGGACCUGCACCCACCCCUGGGCUCCCUCACUCCAUCUCCUUCAGAACCGUCAAGCUCGAGUUCGGAUCAUCCAGGGACAUGCUGGUCUUGAAGACUCUGGACAUCAGCGAGGCAUGGGGGGUGGAUUCCCUGUUUGAUAGCCAUAUCCUUAUGGUUCCUAAGGACUCGAAGUAGCUAGAAUCAUCCUUCAGGACUCAAAACUCCAUAUUCGUCAAGGAAUUAUUUAAAUUUCAUUAUAAUGUAUGUGUACAUAUACCAUUCCUGUAUUGCUAUAGCUUAAAUAUACAUAUUGAUUUGCA